AUGUCAAUAUCGAUAAUUAAAAAGGACUACUUGGAUUUUUAUUUUGCCGAUGGUCGGAAGAUCUUUGGUUUUGAUUUGAAAAUCCAGAUUGUCCAAAUUGGACUUCGUCAUCUGGAGAAGGUCAUUGUCAAGCACUCCAAUUUUCCUAACUAUGUAGAGAUGAUUGGUUAUGCAGAAGAAGCGCGAAAAGCAAAAUCAGACGGCAACGUUGCUGGAAUUAUAUCCUCCGUUGAUGCUGCUCUUCCACAUCUCGAGUUGCUGAAAUCAUCUGACUUCUUCGUGACAUAUCCGAAAUUCGAAUCAACGCGACGUUAA